AUGGAAAGGACCAUAUCUGUUUUACUUCCAGCUCUCUUUCUUGUGAAACAGUACCGGAAAUUUUGGAUCGAAAACCUGCGACAAAAAAGAGCCGAAAUUUCUAACUUUAAAAACACUACAUCAUACAUUUGUCUGCAUGGUCCCCAGGCUUCCUUACGAAGACUUAAUACCAAUUCUUUCGUGCAUUUAAGAAUGUCUCUAUUUCCUUGUUUUACAAAAUCGUAG